AACCAACGAAGAAGAAAGAAAAACCGGCGCUGAUUUUAAACUGUGAAGAAGAAUUUACCAAACAGGUGGAGCUCUGAAGCUGCUGCUGCUGCUGCUGCUGCUGCUGCUGCUGCUGCUGUGUGGGAAUACACCAUCUAAUAUCUGCUUUUAACAGCGGUGUUACAGUACAUGUCAGCCACAGUCUCACAGGAACAAUAUUGCACAGCUGCAGCAAGACAUGAUGGAGUCGUCUGUGGUGAACCUGCACAACCAGUUCCAGAGUCUGAGAGCCCAGGUGGAUGGUCUGAAUGAGGGCAUUGAACCACAGUUCCUCCAGAUGGCGGUGAACUUUGAGGAGUGCCGUAAGAAGUGGUUGCGAACAGGUGAGGAGCUGGGUUCCUGUAAAGAGGUGCUGGCGAAAGCAGAGACUGAGAGGGGAGCCCUGGAGGUCAAACUAAAGCAUGCCCGCAACCAGGUGGAUGUGGAGAUCCGCCGGCGGCAGAAGGCUGAGUCAGUCUAUGAAAAGCUGGAACGUCAGCUACAGCUGAUCCGAGAGCUGCUGAUAUCAGAGAACAACAUCAGUGUCCACCUGAGUGAGGAGCAGCGCUCCGCCCUGGCCUUCCUCAAUGCCCACUCCCAGGCAGCACAGGCAGCACAGGGCAACCUCAACACCAGUCGAAGGUUAACUACCAUCGAUGAAUCGGCUUCUUUGCUGUCAGACAUCAGCUAUGACCAAACGGACGACUCUGUGGACUGGGAUUCCUCGGUGAUGAAGACUGUGAGACUGCGGAAACGCCAGAAACGACGUUCCUCCAGAAAACUUGCUGAUGGUCCUCCACAGGCAAUGAAGAAACCUCGCUCCAGUGGACGCCCAUCAGAUAGGAUGAAUGAGUCUAUAGUGGCCAAAACCACCAUCACCGUGCCGGCGAACGGUGGUGCUGUCGAGGCCGUCUCCACCAUUGAAACUGUGCCUUACUGGACACGCAGCAGAAAGAGCGUUGCUCCAGCAUGGGCUGAUACAACCACUACUGACCAAUCCGAAACUGCCAGUGAGGCCCCCAGCACACCAGUCUCCAAUUUCCCAGCCCCGCUCCGAACCCCCAGGGCUAAUAGAGGAGGAAAGAAGCACCAGUUCAUCUCCAAAACAGUGAUCAAGUCUGAGUUCUGUGCACCAUGUGGAAGAAGAACAAAGUUUGGCAAGAUGUACCUUCGCUGCCAGGAUUGUAGGGUUGUGACCCACCCAGAGUGUCGUGAGAACUAUUCCCUGCCCUGUAACCCCACAGCUGUUAGCACUCCCAUUAGGACCACAGAGACCACCCUGGCUGACAUUGCUCCAGAAACCUUCCCAAGGAUCCCAGUUUUGGUUAUCUACUGCAUUAAGGAGAUUGAACAAAGAGGCCUACAUGAGGUUGGCCUGUACAGAGUCCCUGGACAAGAGCGCAUGGUGAAACAGCUGAAGGAGAAGCUGAUUCGAGGAAAGACUCUGCCUCCGCUUCACAAAGUGGACGACAUUAACGUCGUUGCAGGUGUCCUGAAAGACUUCUUCAGAAACCUCCCAGAGCCACUGCUCACCUUCCAACUCAACAAAGUCUUCAUGGAAGCAGCCGAAAUCCAGGAUGAUGGCAACAGUCUUGCCAUGAUCUAUCAGACCAUCAGUGAGCUGCCUCAUCCCAACCGAGACACUCUGGCCUGCCUGAUGAUCCACCUGCAGAAGGUCUCUGAGUGUGUGGACACCAAGAUGAAUGUGAACAACCUGGCCAGGGUGUUUGGCCCUACUAUUGUGGGUCAUGCUACUGCCGACCCAGACCCUAUGACCAUCCUGCACGACACAAGCAGGCAACCAAGGGUUGUAGAGCGCUUGCUCAGUAUUCCAGCAAACUACUGGGGCCAGUUUGCUCAUCCAGAUUAUACAGACAUGGACAACGCUAAUACUCCAGAUCACGGAGUGAGCAUUUUGGGACCAGUGACCACUCCAGAGCACCAGAUGAUGGCCAAAACACCCUCCUCCAGCUCGCUGUCCCAGCGCAUGAAGCACACCCUCUCCAGCACCACCAUAUUUGGGAGCAGGAGCAAAGCAUCAGCUGCCUCUAACCGUCAGGGCAACUUCUUCGCCUCUCCACAGCUGAAGUAAUGGAAAAAAAAGGUUCACCCAUGUUGUAUUUCUGGGUUACUUACUGCAAUAAGGUAUAUUCAUAUAAUCAUGUUGGGAAACUUCUGUGCAAUUUUAGCAUGAAAAUAAUCUUUUAUUCAAGUAUUUUAUACAAGACUUUCUAACCAGAUUCCUGCACGAGUUUGUCUUUAUAUCUUUGAUUACUAAUGAUUUAUUGCUGACCGAUUGUGAUUGUAAGAGGUUUAAAUGCUUUGACGAAGCGACCAUUCUAAACCAAUUCAAGGAUUAUAUCUUGUGUUUAACACUGUUUGAUGUUUAAAAGCUAUGCAUUCACUGAUGUUGGUGCAUCUUUGAACCUGUGGUUGUAACCACAGCGACGGGGGUGCUCAAGCACAUGUGAUAUACACGGCUGUACAUCUGGACAAAGAGGAAAGAAUUUGUAUUAUUGGCCAGUGUCUCUUUGUCUUUUGGCAUCGGUUGCCUCAUUGUCCUGAAAAUGACAUCUUUUUGUUUUUGUUUUCAUCAUUUAACAUUUUGUUUUAUAUUUAUGUUGAUUGUGUGCGUAUACGAAUCAUGACAAUUUAUACACUUUAACAAUGUAAACACUGAUACUGAAUGGGAUUAAUGUUGCAUUCUGCACUGUGCAACAAUGUGCGUCUACCUGGGAAUACACGCCACUAGAGGCUGCUGUUGCACCACUUUAGAAAUGCAAGCUUUAACCAAUGAAGAUAAUUUUCUACUGUAUAUUAUGCACACAACCAGUCAGUAUUACUGACACUCAUUACAACCAACAGAUGAUUGGAAAUACUGUAAGUUAUUCCUGUGAUCUAGGACAGUUCAGUCAAUAUUUCUCUCUCGCAAGCUCUCAUCUGUGUGGUCAUCACAAAAUAAAAUCUGGAGCUUCUUUGAUUUAUGAAUGUGAUUUGCAUGCACACUAACUAGUUUAAAUAUUUGUUUUCAUCCACAGUAGCGUUCUUAUACAGUUACAUCACUCUGAGGAAAUUUCCUCUCUCUGUUGCUCUCAUUGUCACCUCUUUCGAAGCUCCAGAUUUUAGCAGGCUGAUGCCAUUACUGGUUUGAGUAUUAGUUAUUUAGAGAAAAAAUAUUUAUGUUAGCAAAAAUUCACUGUAUUUAGUCAUUAAAACCAAAAUCUAAGCAUGUUUUGCUGCCAAUUAAGAAAUGUGCAUCAUUUGAGGUUGUAAGACUCCAAUAGUACUCUAUUUUAUCAUGUUUUAUACAUCCAUGUACAUUUAUUCCAUUAUAUAGUUCUAUUUCUCCAAUGAUGUAUUGUCUAACUGAUGUAGUUGCUUCCACCAAAGACUUUGUGGACUGAAUGUCAACCUUUAUCUUCUUUUGUCUUAGCUCCAAUAAGAUCACAGAAAGGUCCACAGUUGAGCUAAAAAUAAAACAUCAAAAGACUGGU